AUGUGGUACGAUGGCGUCGAGCGUCCGCUGACGAGCGGAAGCAAGAUCUGCCCCGUUGCCCGUGCGGGCUCUUUGGGGACGCCUUGCUGCUGGGGGUGGAAUUGGGACCCAGGCUGCGCAGCGCGGGACCUACUUAGGGCGUGUGGGAGCUCCGCGGAGGAGGUUUGGAGCUUUGGAGCUGAUUUCCGUUGUGUUGUGCGCUGCGUGCAGAUUCCUGUGCUGUUGGGUUUCCGCAACGAGGGCGGCGAGGCGGUCAACGUGAGCGCAAUCAUGGGUUCGUUGAACAGCGCUGCGGACUUUCGGGUGCACUACCAGAACUUCAGCAUGCAGCCUCUGGGUGUCACUGUGCCGCCAAACGUGGAGCUGACGAUGGAGUACCUGUUCCGUCCUGACCCUGCCCUGCCACCCAUGGAGUUUAGAGUGGCCAUAACAGCUUUCUACUCCAAUGUGGCUGGCAACGAAUGGCACAGCUCCACUUUCUUCAAUGAGACUAUUGAGAUCGUCGAUCCUGAGAAGUUGUUUGACACUGAGGUGUUGUUCAUGUAUGCCACCCUUAUCUGCAUCUUUGCGCUGAUAGUCUUUGGGAUCGUGAGGUGGGCCGCAAACCUCAGCAUCUUCAAGAAGGCUGCAGCCACCAAAAAGACGAAGGCGGUAAACACCGCCACAGGCGACGAUGACUGGCUGAAGGGAACGCCUGCCAGUAAGGUGAUGAAGAGCAGGAAGGCUGACAAAAAGGCAGAUUGA